UCACACGGCGUCUAAGAAGUCAAACUUCCACCUCAGAAAAACAGACUGCAGAUGAAAAGUUUUCAGAGGAGGGUGUUAGGCGUCACAUGCAAGUCAAUCGUGGCCGCCGUUCACUUCGUAAAUAUUCCUCAGCUUCUGCCUCUCACUCCUGGAGUCUUCAUGAUGAUGACAGCAGGCGUGAAUCUAGGAAAGUUACUACACCCCUGCUUUCUCCUCCUCCUCUUCCUCUCCCCCUAACACACAGGACACAAGCUCAAAGGUCAUCUGACAUGUUAACAAACAGCUAUGAGGAGUCUAAAGCUUUUCACACCUCUGCAGCAGCUGCUAUGCCGGGAGUCAAUCAAGAUAAUACCAGCGAAUUAGAACAUCAGUAUGGAGAAGCUCUUCCAUCACUACUAUCACACUAUAUUCGAAAGAGAAAAUACACAGAAGAUUGUGGCCCCAGAUUUAGUAACUCUAGUUUUACUGUAUAUCCACAAAACAGACCUUCAGUCUGUCAGUCAUCUGUUCCAGCUGUGAACUGCUCAGUCACAAACACCCAGCCGACUCAUCCUCCCCUCCAAACCUCCUCCAGCUGUUUGCGUCGUUCUCACAGCGUUCCCUCACUGAGUCUAACAACCUCCGCAAAGAACAAGACCUUCACCCGAUCAAAGAGCUUACCUGACAUGCUGUUCAAACCCAGCUGUGAGGAGUUCACCCCUGAUAUCACUGUUGAUGAAAACGAUGAAACCUACAGGUUCCAGUGCUCCUGCCCAGGCCUGUACCAGUGCAGUGUGACAGGCCUGCUGUUCCACAUGGAGGGAGAAGGGGACGUGGUUUACAGGAUCGUCCCCUGGAACAGGAGGCUACUGGCCCGACACCACAAGCAGCCUGCAGGACCCCUGUUUGACAUCAAAUGUCUGCAGCAGUCUGUGUGUCGGCUUCAUCUCCCACACUGUGAGAUCCGCUCCACAGGUGGAGGUGAGUUCUUGUCAGUCGCUCAUGUGAACGACGAGGGCAUCGAGUUUAUCGGCCCUCAGAAGAUCACAGAAACUCACGUCGUUAUAAACAUCACAGGGUUUUCUGGUUUCGGUAAUGUCAAGGAUGAAGACUCGCCGGCUGACCCGGUCCGAGCGCUGGUUCUGCUGUUCUACAGGCCCCCGGCUGAUCCCGACGCUGAAUCCCUCCUCAACGUGUUGCUGCUACCGAGGAACGUGGUGCUCCGGGAUGUGCUGCGCACCAGGAAGAAAUUAGUUGGAGAUGAGAGCUACAUAGAGACGUCCCCACACUGUAAACUGCAGCCAAAGCAGGAAUACACACUGUCCACUUGUCCUGCAGAGGACUCAGUUCUAGUUCAACCAACAGAAGCAGAGUUUGACUGCGACAACUACGACAACUACUUCCCAUCAUUCCAGGUGAUUUUAGAAACAAUGAGGAAACACGUGAAGCUGUUUCUGAGAGACACCAACAGCUCCCACAGUGUCUGGGAAAGACGAGUUUGCCUCACUGGAGUAAAAAGUGAGGAAGAAAGCGCUCUGAAUCUCUCUUCAGAUAAGAGGCUGUUGGACAUACGGAGCAGCUUCAUCGAGGGGAUAUCAGGACCGGUUCUCACAAGUCUGCUGGACAAACUGUUUGAGAAAACGGUGAUAGCUGAAGCUGAGAAGGAGUCAGCGGACGAGAUGCAGAACAGAAGAGACAAAGCUCGUUUUGUUAUCGACUCAGUGAGGAAGAAAGGUGAAGCUGCUAGUUCAGAGAUGAUUGAGUUCCUCUGUGAGGCCGACCCCUUCCUCUGUGAACAUCUCGGCUUGAUCUGAAGACAAAUCAACAGGUGAUGCAGAACAUGUUGACCUGGUGGCCAGAAACUGAUCAUCCUGCAUCUGUCACUGUUUUGAUAUUUCAGUGUCAAAGUACAUUUCUCUUGUCUAAGACUGUUGAG